AUGUCCCGCGAUACCCAGAACGCCCAGUACGCCCAAAUCUCGAGGAAUCUUCCCCCGCACGUGGCGACGACCACAAACGGCGUUCCGGAAGGAGGCUUCGGGCGGAAGGAUAUAUGGGAGACUGAAGGCGGGCACCUUGUGGGAGGUGGUGUCAACCUGAGUGCCAGUGGUGCUUGGGGGUAUGUGAAUCUGACCAUGGUCGUGCGUCCGCCGACGGCGUAG